GAUCAUACAAACUUAGGGCCUGUUCACAAAGUUUCACAUGGUUCGGGAUCAGUGGACCUAAGGCUAGUUGGCGCCAUCCGUCAGGUGAGUUCUAAUGUCACGACGCAUCGCUGAUGGCGAGCUGGAUCUGCGCUAAUCAACCAGGCUCUUGAACUUUACUUUUAGACUUGUUCUUGUCCAUUAGUAUAACGAUCAAUUACCCUGUUGAUCGUCACACUAAUGACAUCUUUAACGACGGUUUUAUUCAUCCAGUCUCUCAAAAAGCAGAAAGUAACAUCGCUAUUUCCCAGAUCAUGCUUUGGUCGGCAAGUAGCUUCACAUCCUCAAACAUUCCUCUGUGCAUCAAACUGUCACCAAAACCCGCCAAUGGAAAACCUUUGACCACAGCCCAACCAGAAUCGAGUGAGCGACGUUAGCAAGUGAAGAAGCUUCUUGAAGGGGCUUUCAUGUGUUACUAUUUACUUAAACCUUUAGCGCUAAGCGGCUCAGCUGUCGUCUGGUGAACUAUCUUACUAGUGCUAAGUCAUACGAUAACGAACUGCCAAUCGGACGGGUGACAAUUUCACAACAGCACAUGGGUAAAAAUGGAUAACAACGACUUGUAACACCUGGAACAUCUGUUAGCAAGCAUUCAGAGGGGAUCCUCCACACUGCAAUUCAGCUGAAGUCGACACUCAGUAUUUUUUGAGAGCCAUCCUUCAAAGACACUCAGGCAAUGGCAAAACUGAGCAUCGGUCUUAACGUUUUUAGACUCGCGAUAUUUUGGGGAUUGGUUGCCUCAGUUAAUGGACAGCAAAGUUACUCCCAUCGAAAGAUAUUUCGUGCUGCAGAAAAUCGUGCUCUCCAAGGGUUUGUGUACGCAAACAAAACUGUGCAUUCUCGUGUCAUCUGUGGACGGGAAUGCAGCAUGGACGGCAGUUGCAAGUCCUUCAACUUCAACAACUGUGACAAAAUAUGCGGGUUGAGCCUGUCCACAAGACGAGAGCACCCUGAACACUUCGCUGAAACUCGAUGGAGCGUGUACUUUGAUAAAGAUGAAGACACACCUCUCCACUCCUUAUCGAGUGGAGUUACCUCACAGGGUCGCCUCAGGAGCUGCAAGACGCUCUUGGAUGCCGAUUGUCGUUUUUCUUCAAGCGGUGUCUACACCGUUCACCCCAAGGGUUUUGGCGACGACGGACUUCGCGUGUACUGCGAUAUGGAAACGGACGGCGGAGGAUGGAUCGUGUUCCAGAGUCGUCUGGAUGGCAGCGUUGAUUUCGACCGCCCCUGGGCCGAUUACCAGUCCGGCUUCGGUGAUCUGUGGGGAGAGUUCUGGCUGGGCAACGACUACUUGGUGGAACUGACGUCUCCCGACCCCAACGAGCAGUGGGAGCUACGAGUUGACUUAUGGGACUGGGAAGACAACACGGCGUGGGCCAAGUACUCUCACUUCCAGAUAUCUUCAGGUGAAUACAUGCUGAGCUACGACCAAUAUGACGCCAACAGCACUGCCGGCAAAGACUCACUGAGACUGCACAAUCGGCAGAACUUUUCGACAAGAGAUCAUGAAAAUGAUAACCAUCCGCAUCAAAACUGUGCAAAAAACUAUCGAUCAGGCUGGUGGUUUAAUUACUGUUUAAGGUGUAAUUUGAACGGUUUCUACUACCAAGAAGGGGCCACUGUGGGUGACGACCGAGGGGUGUAUUGGCAUAAUUGGAAAAAUGAUUUUGCUUACUCCUUGAAAAAAUGCAACAUGAAAAUCCGUGAAAUGGAGUAAAGAAUGAAACACGUGCUAUUUCUGAUAUGUGUUAAUCACCUUUGCAUGUUCACAAAGCGAUUUAAAACAGUUGAAUCUCCUCAUAAUUUGUGCUUAUCUACAGAUAAAACAGUUAAUGUUGAAUUUUAAACGAAAAUUUAAAUAGAUAUAAUUCUUUGAUCCCGCACUGCUGUGGAAUAACUUUACAAACUAGAAUAUUCUCUUAAGCAUUAUAUUAUUGAUUGUUUAAAUGGGGAGUAUACCUUCUCCGUCUUGAAAUAUCAUCAUGUUGUGUGCAAACAGUUUGGAGAGGCAACUCCUCAAGUUUGCUCCAUCGAACUUACAGCAAAAUGAUUCUACUGUGCACCUGAAUGAUGUACAUGUACUGUUACACAACCCCAUUUUACUUUGCUCUGUGCAAAGAGGCAAUUAAGCUUUUGUGUGACAGCUGAAACGAGUGUUUUGCUCGAAAAACGGGAAAUGAAAACGGUGCAGUAGAAUCUACAUUGGGUUUAUUUUCCUGUGGAAAACAUAUACUGCUGAAAAUGUUAAACAAUUUAAUAUAGUUAGAUGUACACUGUAAAAAUAGUAUUACUUGUUGUUGUGGAUGAAGUAGCUCGAAAUUUGAAAUAGGUGGGGUUUUUUUCAAGACAGGACAAGAUUAGUGUUAAACAAAGUUGGGGAACGUUCUGAUCUGUAUGUAGCAUUUUGCUAUAAUUGAUUCUAUCUUCAAAACUAAGAGAAGAGCCUCAUCACUUUAUGCAAUAUGGAGAGUUAUCAGUUACUCCUUGUUCUUUGCAAAAGUUCGGAAAAGUUUUUAAAAAGCUUGCUCAUUCACCUGAAAAAAAGAGACAUAUUCAGUGGUGGGUGCAUUGUGAUACGGCUGCCUGGUUUAUUAAGGGCAAACCUUUAAUUUGUUGCAUUGUGAGCUGCGCACAUGCUUGAAUGCCCGUCUAUUUGCCAAGCAUAACAUGAAUUUUUGUCUUGCGCGCCUUGCGAGCAAUUAUCGGAUUCCAUGAUAUUGCUGAAGGAAUCAUUCUGUUUGAAAUUUGGACUUGUGUACACAAAAAUAACACAGUCUUUCCAUGUUGGCUUUAGAGAUCACUUUAAACUAGCAAAAAAGUCAAGGUUUGAGUGCAAGGGUUUUCAAUGGCAGAUGUUAGCGAUUGAAGCAGGAAAUUACACCAUGCAGUCAGUAGACGCUACACACUCUCGGAACCUGUAUGCUUUAAAUGAAACAAGCAGUGGGUAUUCAUCUCGACUUGUUUUCGUCCAUAUUGCUGUGUUACAGCAAUGCAAACAAGAUCUGAAUGUCUGAAUGCUUGUUUUCAUUGAAAGUGAACAGAGAGUGGUCGUUUUUGGAAUUCUUAGAAAAUAUUUUCAUCCACGUAUAUGUAUGCACGAGGUGCCAUUUUGAUGUCAUACGAAGCCGCUCCUUGUCACGAGAGCAUUUAACAAUAGUACAAAAAUCACUCCUUAAAAUCACCCACAAAUUUUUUUUGGAAUAAACGUCGACCCCCACAAGCUGUUUAACAUGAAAACCAAGUAUAAAGCAGAACCUACUCCAAGAAAACGUAGAAAAGUGUGACGCAUUGUACAUGGAGACACCCCUGUUUUGUCUUGAAUGACAUCAUGCUUUGGCUCAAGAAUAUGAAUGUUUUCAUUAGCAUAAAUCCAAACUUGCUGCUACAAAGGAGGCAGAGAGACACUGUAAAUCUUUGCCAGUGCUACGUGUAUUUAAGUCAUAAAAAUCACAUGACAUGGUUUCUUUAACGUUCACGGCGGAGUGCAAAUCAAUCUGCUCACCAAAGGUGGGCUAAUAAUCCUUUAUCUGAUUGGUUCUUGGUUUUUGAAACAAAAAAAUCACACCCAGUGGUUUGAUGCAUUGAGAUUUUAGGGGAGCAUUAUUGGGGGUCGAUUGGGAAAUAGCACAUUCCUGAAUGCCGCCGAAAAUAGGAAAAAUCAGUCAAAAUGAAAGUGUGGGACGCUAAAAUGCCCAAACUGUUGUGUUUCGAAUGUGUUGCCAUCAGGAUUUGUGGGCUGGGCUUGUUCAACCAUUUUCACCCAGAUUGGAGUUGUCGAAUUGGAAAAUUUUCAUGUCAUGAAGACACCAUUUAAGUAUGUUUCAUAGCAUGGCCUGGGGCAAUAAUGAUUAAUUAUAACAAUAAUAGCUGAUUCUUACAUAGCGCACAUAUCCAUCACAACUGAUGCUGAAGGCGCAGUAUUAUCAUUAUCCCUGCACAUUGGGCUCACAGCAACUGAACGUUCCUGAAACCAUCUCAGCUCCCUGGGAAGUAUACGAGCUGAUGCUGCCCUAUCAGGCGCACACGGCUAACAACCAAAUCUGCCCUAACAGGUAUACCCAUUUAUUCCUGGGUGGAGAGAGGCACAUGGGGGUAAAGUGACUUGCCCAAGGUCGCAACAUGGUGCCACCAGCUGGAUUCGAACCCCCGACCCAAUGAUCAGAAGCUACAAACCCUAACCACUAGGCCAUAUGCCCCCAUUGACAGAAGAAAGACGACAGAAUUUCGCAAGGAAUCGUAAUAUCUGUUUUGGAUUGAAAUAACGAAUGUAGCCGCUGUUUUACUUGUACAAGUGCAGUUAUCAACCAUAAUUGGUUACAAAGGCCAGUGAUGUUGAA